AGCCGGAUCACCCCCAUUCUGGGCGCAGCCCGGGCCUCGCCCGCAGCCCGCGUCCCGCUCUCCCCGCCCUCAAGCCACGCCCAACCCCGGAUCGGCUCCGGCCCCGCCCCUCCCCCGCGCCGGCCCCUCCCCCGCGGCUCCCCCACUUCCGUCCCCGCGGGAGUCUCGGCCGCCGGGCGCUGGGCUUCGGCGCCCACCCGCGCCGAUUAGCGGAAAGCGAGGACCCCGUUUCCUCUGCUGCCUCGCGCUUGCUCCGCGCCGCAGGCCUCGGGGCGCAUGGAUGGUUCCAGGCACAGUGCCUGGCCUGGAGGCAGGCCGAGAUGCACCCCCAACCAGGGGCCUUUCCCGUGUUGGCGCAGGGGUGCCUCUGGCGUCCACCGGGUCCCAGCGCCGCGCACAGAGACAGCUAACCUCCGAGGGCUCAGAGUCAAAGUACCUUGGAACCGGUGCCAGACCCACACCAGCCUCACAGUCAGCCCCAGGUGGAAAGCCCAGAUCCGGGCCACGAGGUGCAUCGGCUCCCACAGCCACGGCUGCCCCUGGAGGAAGCGCUCUGCCCUCCCCGACGCACGGUGCAGGUGCCGUGAGGGCCCUGGCCGGCCUGCCACAGCUUCACAGGAGCCAAGACAGGUCCGGGCCCGCAGGAGUCGCUGGAAUGCCCAUUACCUCUGUUUGUGGGGAAAAGGAUGACAGACAGAAGGAUGCCCGGUCUCCAGAGCCCCCCCGCCGCAGGCCCCAGUGGCGAUGCCCACACCCACGUCUGCAGGCUGGCUCAGAGAUGCCCCUGAGAGACAGCUCUGAGGAGGAGCCCAGCCAAAGGCACACCUCCUCCGGGACCCUCAUUCCCGAGUCGGACUCGUGAUCUCAGAGACAACCACAUCUACACCCUCAACGUGGCUUCCUGGAGUGACCUGGAGUACCUGAGUCCAUAGCCCGUGCCAGGACCAGGAGAGAGGACAGGAUGGCUUUGGAGACCCAGGUGCUGGAGGACUGUACCAGGCCCAUUCCAGCAGCGUGGGAGAGGCUGUGCAUGGGACAGUGGCUACAGCUAUGACGCAGGUGUGGACACAGCUGUGCUAUGUCUCAGACUUUGACCCUGAGGGGUGGGGGUGGGGCGCACGCACACGGACUAUGAGAGGACGCGGCCUGGGAGGUGGGGACCGAGUGAGUUUGGUCUCCUGAGCUACAAGGAGGCCGGCAAUGGAUGAAGCAGGAAGUUCCUGCCACAUCCUUUCACCCUGGGGACUUUGACCUGCCACACGCCCGCUCCCUGCUGGCUCUGGGCCUUCUGGACAAGGCCUCCCCAAGCUGCCGUGAUUCUCCCACGUGUCAGCUAAAAACGAACUACACAGUCCACUUUUUAGCUAAUUCCUAAUAAACACUCCAGUUGAUGAUGCACUCCAAACGAAGCCGAGGGUUACGACCGCGUGCAACAAAAUUGGUUGUCGGCUAACAAUCGAUGAGAAAGUAAACUCUUUUGCCCAAAUUUACAUCCGCAGGGGUAAUGUUUGGACAAGGCACCGUGGGGCUUUGCAGACAUGCGGCCCCCUGAGAAUACACCUAACAGCAGCUUUAAAAGAUACCAACUAAUGGAUGAAUCAAAUGCCCAUUGAAAAACUGUCUUAAUAAUUACAUGUAAUGAAGUUCACUCAGCAGAAUUCUUUAUGCUGAAGCUCCCUGAUGUCGGCCUGAUUUUGCUUAGUGACUACACUCUCAGUGGCCAAAUGGCAGGGGGGUCAGGAACGCCUCUAGCUUGGGGUUCGUGGGGGAAGGCGAGGAAAAGAGCGACCGGCCUGUCAGUUGUCACAUAUCUUUGGUGCUCUGAUGCCAGCCGCCCUCAGCAGGUGCACAGGACUGGGAAGAGGCUCCCGCUAACCCAGCUCAUGAAGGAUCCUGCUGCCCUCUCCGGGCCUUGGGCUCUUCAUCAGUGGGACCGGGUCUAAUUUCCUGCAGGCUGGGCAACUAGCUGUCAGCCCUCCCUCCGUGCCCAUCCCUGUGCCUUCUCCUCUCCCCUCAGUCCUGGUGGGCUUAUAGCUUUUCCAUCUGUAUUUAUGUUUGUUCUUGAGUAUAUCUGGGGAAUGCUCCCACUUGUUCAGUAGAUUUGCCAUUUCAGCUAAGUUAUCAAAUCAACUGAUGUGAGGUUGUUCCUAAUAAACUCUUGUUAUCUUCCUAACGUUUGAAGAAUUUGUAGGAAUGU